GGGACAAAGGGCCCGAGCGGCGCCUAUAAAAGCGCCUCAGUGGGGGUGACGGGCGUCAGCUCUGUUCUUCUGGAGCACCGAGAGGAGCAGCUUUCGUCCCGUCGGGUAAAAAUGAGCGACGCCGAGAUGGAGAUGUUCGGGGUGGCCGCCCCUUACCUGCGCAGGUCGGAGCGGGAGAGGAUCGCGGCGCAGAACGCGCCUUUCGACGCCAAGUCGGCCGUCUUUGUGCCCGACCCGAAGCAGGAGUACGUGAAGGGGAAGAUCAGGAACCAAGAGGGCUCCAAGGUCACCGUGGAGACGGAGGACGGAAAGCUGGUCUCGGUCCACCUGGACGACAUCCGUCCCAUGAACCCCCCCAAGUUUGACAAGCUGGAGGACAUGGCCCUGCUGACCCACCUGCACGAGCCGGCCGUGCUCUUCAACCUCAAGGAGCGCUACGCCGCCUGGAUGAUCUACACGUACUCGGGGCUCUUCUGCGUCACGGUGAACCCGUACAAGUGGCUCCCGGUCUACAACCCCGAGGUGGUGGCCGGGUACCGCGGGAAGAAGCGGCAGGAGGCCCCGCCGCACAUCUUCGCCAUCUCUGACAGCGCCUACCAGCACAUGCUCACAGACCGAGAGAACCAGUCCAUCCUGAUCACCGGGGAGUCCGGUGCCGGGAAGACGGUCAACACCAAGCGGGUCAUCCAGUACUUCGCCACCAUCGCGUCGGUGGGGGACUCCAGCAGGAAGGAGCAGCUGGGCAGCGGGAUGCAGGGGACCCUGGAGGACCAGAUCAUCCAGGCCAACCCGCUGCUGGAGGCCUUCGGCAACGCCAAGACCGUGAGGAACGACAACUCCUCUCGAUUCGGAAAAUUCAUCCGCAUCCACUUUGGAACAAAAGGCAAACUGGCAUCAGCUGAUAUCGAAACGUACCUUUUGGAAAAAUCCAGAGUGACCUUUCAGCUGCCGGCCGAGAGGAGCUACCACAUCUUCUACCAGAUCCUGUCCAACAAGAAGCCCGAUUUAAUCAAAUUGAUGCUGGUUACCACCAACCCGUACGACUACCCGUUCAUCAGCCAGGGCGAGAUCAGCGUGCUGAGCAUCAACGACGCCGAGGAGCUGAUGGCCACCGACAGAGCCAUCGACAUCCUGGGGUUCAGCGCCGAGGAAAAGGUCGGCAUCUACAAGCUGACCGGCGCCGUGAUGCAUUAUGGGAACAUGAAGUUCAAGCUGAAGCAGCGCGAGGAGCAGGCAGAGCCCGACGGCACCGAGGUGGCGGACAAAGUGUCGUACCUCAUGGGUCUGAACUCGGCUGACCUGCUGAAGGCGCUCUGUUACCCCCGAGUGAAGGUGGGGAACGAGUACGUCACCAAAGGUCAGACUCCCCAGCAGGUGAACAAUGCCAUGGGCGCUCUGUCCAAGGCCGUGUACGAGAAGCUGUUCCUGUGGAUGGUCAGCCGGAUCAACAAGCAGCUCGACACCAAACUCCCCAGGCAGCAUUUCAUCGGCGUCCUGGACAUCGCGGGGUUCGAGAUCUUCGAGAUGAACAGCCUGGAGCAGCUGUGCAUCAACUUCACCAACGAGAAGCUGCAGCAGUUCUUCAACCACCACAUGUUCGUGCUGGAGCAGGAGGAGUACAAGAAGGAGGGCAUCGACUGGGAGUUCAUCGACUUCGGCAUGGACCUGGCCGCCUGCAUCGAGCUCAUCGAAAAGCCGAUGGGUAUCUUCUCCAUCCUGGAGGAGGAGUGCAUGUUCCCCAAGGCCAGCGACGGCUCCUUCAAGAACAAGCUGUACGACCAGCACCUGGGGAGGAGCGGCAUCCUGCAGAAGCCCAAGCCGGCCAAAGGGAGGCCCGACGCCCACUUCGCCCUGGUGCACUACGCCGGCGUCGUGGACUACAACAUCGGCGGCUGGCUGGAGAAGAACAAGGACCCGCUCAACGACACGGUGGUGCAGCUCUACCAGAAGGCCUCGCUCAAGCUGCUGUCUCGGCUCUUCGCCGCCUACGCCGCGGCCGACGAUGUCGGUGGAAGCAAGAGGAGCGCCAAGAAAAAGGGCUCGUCUUUCCAGACGGUUUCCGCCGUCUUCAGGGAGAACCUGAAUAAACUGAUGGCCAACCUGCGGUCCACUCACCCUCACUUUGUGAGAUGCAUCGUCCCAAACGAGACCAAGACGCCAGGCUCCAUGGACCACCAUCUGGUCCUCCACCAGCUGCGCUGUAACGGCGUGCUGGAAGGGAUCCGGAUCUGCAGGAAGGGCUUCCCCAGCCGGAUCCUCUACGGGGACUUCAAGCAGAGGUACCGGGUCCUGAACGCCGGCGCCAUCCCCGAGGGGCAGUACAUCGACAGCAAGAUGGCCUCAGAGAAGCUGCUGACCUCCAUCGACGUGGACCACGCCCAGUACCGCUUCGGAUACACAAAGGUGUUCUUCAAAGCCGGCCUCCUGGGUCUGCUGGAGGAGAUGAGGGACGAACGUCUGGCGGUUCUGAUGACUCGCAUCCAGGCCGUUUCCAGGGGUUACGUCACCAGGCAGCGGCUCAAGGAGAUGACGAAGAAGAGAGAGUCCAUCUUCGUCGUCCAGUACAACAUCCGAUCCUUCAUGAAUGUGAAGAACUGGCCCUGGAUGAGGCUCUUCUUCAAGAUAAAGCCUCUGCUGCGGAGCGCCGAGGCCGAGAAGGAGAUGCAGAGCAUGAAGGAGGAGUUCUCCCGACUCAAAGAGGAGCUGGCCAAGUCGGAGGCCAGGAGGAAGGAGCUGGAGGAGAAGAUGGUCGCGCUGUUCCAGGAGAAGAACGACCUUUACCUUCAAAUCCAAGCAGAGAGGGAGAACCUGUGCGACGCCAAGGAGCGCUGCGAAGUCCUGAUAAAGAGCAAGAUCCACCUGGAGGCCAAAGCCAAAGAGCUCUCCGAGCGGAUGGAAGAAGAGGAGGAGAUCAACGCCGACGUCAUCGCCAAGAAGAGGAAGCUGGAGGUCGAAUGUUCGGAGCUGAAGACGGACAUCGACGACCUGGAGCUCACCAUCGCCAAAGUGGAGAAGGAGAAAUACGCCACGGAGAAUAAGGUGAAGAACUUGGUAGAGGAGCUCACAACUCUGGAGGAAAAACUGCUGAAGUCCUCGAAGGAGAUCAGGGCUCUGCACGAGGUGCACCAGCGGGCGCUGGACGACCUGCAGGCCGAGGAGGACAAAGCCAACGCCCUGACGAAGACCCAAGCCAAGCUGGAGCAGCAGGUGGAUGACCUGGAGGGCUCCCUGGAGCAGCAGAAGAAGGUGAACUUGGACCUGGAGAGAUCCAGGAGGAGGCUGGAGGGGGACCUGAAGCUGUCGCUGGAAUCCAUCAUGGACCUGGAGAACAUAAGGCAGCACAUGGAGGAGAGACUGAAGAAAAAGGACUUUGACAUCAGCGGCCUGCAGAGCAAAGUGAACGACGAGCAAGUCCUCUCCACCCAGCUGCAGAAGAAGAUCAAAGAACUUCAGGCCCGGACCGAGGAGCUGGAGGAGGAGAUGGAGGCCGAGCGCUCGGCCCGGUCCAAGGCGGAGAAGCAGCGCUCCGACCUCUGCAGGGAGCUGGAGGAGAUCGGCGAGCGGCUGGACGAGGCCGGGGGGGCCACCGCCGCUCAGGCCGAGGUCCACAGGAAGCGCGAGGCCGAGGUCCAGCGGCUGCGCCGGGAGCUGGAGGAGUUCACGCUGCACCACGAGGCCGCCGCCGCCGCGCUGCGCCGGAAGCAGGCGGACGGCGCGGCCGAGCUGGGCGAGCAGAUCGACGGCCUGCAGAGGGCCAAGCAGAAGCUGGAGAAGGAGAAGAGCGAGCUGAGGAUGGAGGUCGACGACGCGGCGAGCAACACGGAGAGCGUCCUGAAGAGCAAGGCCAAUCUGGAGAAACUGUGCAGGAGCCUCGAAGACCAGAUGAAUGAGUAUAAAACCAAAGCAGAUGAAGCUCAGAGGUCCCUCAGUGACUCCACCACGCUCAGCGCCCGCCAACAGACAGAAAUCAGUGAGCUCACACGGCUGCUGGAGGAGAAAGAGGUCUCUCUCACCCAGCUGAGCAGAGUCAGGACUGUGGGGAGUCAACAAGUGGAGGAGUUGAAGGGACUCCUGGACGAGGAGAUCAAGGCGAAGAGCGCCCUGGCCCACGCCCUGCAGUCGCGCCGCCACGACUGCGAGCUGCUGAGGGAGCAGUACGAGGAGGAGCAGGAGGCCAAAGCCGAGCUGCGGCGCUGCUUGUCCAAAGCCAACGGCGAGGUGGCCCAGUGGAGGAGCAGAUACGAGACGGACGCCAUCCGCCGCACCGAGGAGCUGGAGGAGGCGAAGAAGCGGCUGGCCCAGCGGCUGCAGGAGUCCGAGGAAGCGAACGAGGCGGUGAACGUCAAAUGUGCGUCUCUGGAUAAAACCAAGCAGAGGCUGCAGGGGGAGGUGGAGGACCUGGUGGUGGAGUUGGAAAGGUCGAACGCCGCCAGCGCCGCUUUGGACAAGAGGCAGAGGAACUUUGACAAGGUUCUGCUUGAAGGGAAACAGAAAUAUGAGGAGAGUCAAUCCGAUCUGGAGGGUUCCCAGAGAGAGUCUCGAGCUCUCAGCACAGAGAUCUUUAAGCUGAAAAACUCCUACGAGGAGGCCGUGGAUCAUCUGGAGACCACGAAAAGAGAGAAUAAGAACCUGCAGCAGGAGAUCCUAGAACUCACAGAGCAGCUCGGACAAUCUGUUAAAACUCUCCACGAGCUGGAGAAAGCUGCCAAGCAAGCGGAGCAGGAGAAGAGAGAAACGCAGGCAGCUCUGGAAGAGGUCGAGUCGUCCCUGGAGCACCAAGAGGCCAAGAUCCUGCGCCUCCAGCUGGAGCUGACCCAGAUCAAGUCCGAGGUGGACAGAAAGGUGUCGGAGAAGGACGAGGAGAUGGACCAGCUGAAGAGGAACCAGCAGAGGGCCGUGGACACGCUGCAGAACUCGCUGGACGCCGAGACGCGCGGCAGAAGCGACGCCGUCCGGGCGAAGAAGAAGAUGGAGGCGGACCUGACCGAGAUGGAGGUGCAGCUGGGCCACGCCAACCUGCAGGCGGCCGACGCCACCAAGCAGCUGAGGAGCCUGCAGGCUCAGCUGAAGGACGGCCAGGUCCAUCUGGACGAGGCGCUCCAGGGUCGGGAGGACUUCAGGGAGCAGCUGGCGAUCGCCGAGCGCCGCAACAACCUGAUGGCGGCCGAGAACGAGGAGAUCGGGGCGGCGCUGGAGCAGUCGGAGAGGAGCCGCAGGCUGGCCGAGCAGGAGCUGGUCGCCGUGAGCGAGAGGAUCCAGCUGCUGAACUCUCAGAACUCCAGCCUCCUCAACACCAAAAAGAAGAUGGAGUCAGAUUUAGCUCAGCUGCAGUCAGAGAUGGAGGACUCCGCCCAGGAGGCGAGGAACGCCGACGAGAAGGUCAAAAAAUCCAUAAUGGAUGCGGCCAUGAUGGCCGAGGACCUGAAGAAGGAGCAGGACACCAGCGCUCACCUGGAGAGGAUGAAGAGGAGCCUGGAGGUGACGGUGAAGGACCUGCAGCAGCGGCUGGACGAGGCCGAGAACCUGGCGCUGAAGGGCGGCAAGAAGGAGCUCCAGAAACUGGAGAACAAGGUGCGCGAGCUGCAGAAGGAAUUGGACUUGGAGCAGAAGCGCAGCGGCGAGGCCCUGAAGGGCGUCCGCAAGCAUGAGAGGAAAAUCAAGGAGCUCACCUACCAGAGGGAGGAGGAGAAGAAGAGCGCGGCGAGGCUUCAGGAUUUGGUCAACAAGCUGCAGCUGAAGGUGCAAGUGUGCAAACGUCAGUGUGAGGAGGCGGAGGAGAAAACCGGCGUCCAUUCGGCCAGAGCUCGGAAGGUGCAGCACGAGCUGCAGGCGGCGGAGGAGCGAGCCGACGUCGCCGAGUCUCAGCUGAACAAGUUACGGGCGAAGAGCCGCGACGGCGUGGUGGGGAGAGCGGAGUAGAAAUAUGGGGAAAAAACUCCCAGAGGAGCUUUGAGAUUUAUUCAUUAGGUAUAAAUGGUUUAUUUAGUCUGGUUUCUUAUUUAAGGAAUCAAUUAAUUAGUACAUUUUUCCUAUAUAGGCGUUUUUUUUCGUUAAUACUGAAUACUUUUUUUUACUGCUACAUUAAGUUUGUGCGCCCUCUGGUGUUUGGGAGAAUAAAGCAGCGCGUAAAGGAUAACCGUUUAAACAAAGCUUUAGGCAACAGUUUCUGUCUUCAUGACAUAUAUUUAAAACUUUAUUUUGAAAAAAAUGUUGUUUUAAUAUUUACAUUUUUUUGCAUUUGAGAAUUCACCAUCCAUCGUGUGAUUUAACUGUCACACUCCCAGUGUGUAAAGGCCUUAAGACGUUUCACAACCUGCAUAACCCAGAAACAAGACCAAAAUAAGACUUAGGAGAGUGACGCUGAGCGGGAUUUGGUUUCUUUCUGUAAUGAACUUACCUCCACGUAAAACCUGUCCCCAAAGAUCGAACCAAUAAAAAGUUUUAUUUGUCCUAAACCAUGAAGUGCAAUUUUUUUUAAACCAAUUAAUAAAAAUG